AUGGGACCUCCAGUUCCUGUGACUAACCAUCCUCUCACCACUAGGGAUGAAGUGAAGCCUAAUAGCAAAGAAGACCCAUGCGAUGACUCUAAAUCUAAUAGCAGGGAGGACCCAUGUGAUAAUCCUAAACCUCCAGAGAAGCCAUGCAAUGAUAAUAAUCCUCCAAAGAAUCCGGGCAACGGUCCUAAACCUAAUAGCAAGGAGGACCCAUGCGAUGGUCCUAAACCUCCAAAGAAUCCGGGCAACGGUCCUAAACCUAAUAGCAAGGAGGACCCAUGCGAUGGUCCUAAUCCUCCAAAGAAUCCGGGCAACGGUCCUAAACCUAAUAGCAAGGAGGACCCAUGCGAUGGUCCUAAACCUCCAAAGAAUCCGGGCAACGGUCCUAAACCUAAUAGCAAGGAGGACCCAUGCGAUGGUCCUAAACCUCCAAAGAAUCCGGGCAACGGUCCUAAACCUAAUAGCAAGGAGGACCCAUGCGAUGAUCCGAAUCCUCCAAAGAAGCCAUGCAAAGAUUCUAAACCUAAUAGCAAGGAGGACCCCUGUGAUGAUUCUAAUCGUCCAAAGAAACCAUGCAAAGAUUCUAAACCUAACAGCAAGGAAGUGCCAUGCUAG